UUGCAGCGCUCAGACAGCAGUCAUCUUGCUUCACUGAGUGUUGGUGUCUCUGCGACCAGGAUACAUUUCAGCAUUUUCCAGACCGUUUUGGAUGAUGGGGCAGGAGCAAAGCUGCAGUGAGGAGAUGGACUUGGCCCAGAUUCAGGAGCUAUGCAUCGUUUUUAUGAAGGAAUGUCCAAGCGGUGCUCUGCAUUUGCACGAGUUCAAGAGAAUCUUUGGCGUCCCCAGCUCCUCUGCAGAGGAGUCUGUCUUCAUUGAAACUAUAUUCCGCUCUUUUGACACAAACCAGGACAACGCGCUGGACUUUCUGGAGUACGUUGCAGCGCUUCAUCUGAUCUUGAGAGGGAACCUUGAAGAUCGGCUCAAGUGGUCUUUUAAAAUGUACGAUAAGGAUGGGAAUGGAAAGUUAGACCGGCAAGAGGUGAAACGGAUCAUAAAGAUUUUCUACAAAAUAAAGCUACAAAACUCUGAUGUCAGUUUGACACCAUCUGAAAUCUGUGACAGAAUAUUUGACCUGGUUGACCAGAACAAUGAUGGUCAGAUUACCUUGGCAGAGUUCCUGGAGGGAGCCCAGCAGGAUGAAUGGGUCAUGAACAUUCUCAAGUUGGAUAUCAACGUCGCCGGCUGGGUCACCCAGAAUUGGGGCAAAUGAUCCAAUCAAUAUUAACAAUUUCACAACGCUUUGCUUAAACACAGACACAUGUUCUGUGUGGGCAUUUGAUGUCUCCAAGAUGAUUUGGUCGUUUGGCGGUGGAGGCAGUGGACCUUUUACAGGCUGUGUUACGCUGCUGAUCGAUGGUCAGAAUCUUUGCUUCGUUCCUCUCAUCGGACCUGCCAGCGACUCAAGAAAGUCAAUAUUUGGAAGGAGGUUUGUUUUUUAAUUCAAAGCAAGGAAGUGUCAAUAAUCAUUAUUAUUGAAAACAUGCUUAUGUGAACAGUUACUACAUACCUUCUACCUCCUCUUGAUGCCAUUUUUUUCAUGAGUCUGCAUUAUGUUUGAUGUGAUCAUUUUAGUAUGACAAAAUAAGUGGACACAUCACUUUAUGGCUGCCACAAAUUGUCCUUUUGUUUGCGCAAUUUUCUUCAGUGUUUUUCUUGGCGGUUUAGGUUCACCGUAUCUUAAAGGGGAACCCCACUUUUUUUGGAAUUUGACCUAUCAUUCACAUGCUUCAGUAAGACAAUAAAACAUAUGUUUUUCUUUUUUUUUUAAUGCAUUCUAACUAGUAAAUAAAUGCGAGCAAAUGUCCGCUCACAAUGAA